CCUGUUCAACCUGAAAAUCGACACCUAUCCAAACAAAGCAGCUUGGGAAAGAAGGAAGUGCCAGAACGCCCACUGAGUCACUGCACCCCUCUCUACCUGAAUAACGCGCACCUAUCCCCCUGCCCCAAGUGCCCACAGUAUGCGUAGAAUCUCUCUGGACAGCAGGAACUGAGAACACCACUCGCAGCAGCCAGAUAUUUUGCCUAGCUCUUCAACAGAGGGAGAGAAGAGAUCACGAACCAGGGAUCAAUGUGCACAGAGAGACAUGAAUUCAGGAGAUGACGAAUAUAAUUUUGUGUUCAAAGUGGUCCUUAUUGGAGAAUCUGGAGUGGGUAAAACUAACCUCCUCUCUCGCUUUACAAGAAAUGAGUUUAACCAUGACAGUCGUACCACCAUUGGAGUGGAAUUCUCCACUCGCACGUUGACCGUUGAUGGACAUCUGGUGAAGGCCCAGAUUUGGGACACAGCGGGCCUGGAACGGUACAGAGCUAUCACGUCUGCGUAUUACCGGGGAGCAGUCGGAGCUCUCCUGGUCUAUGACAUUACCAAGCACCAGACCUAUGACAGUGUGGAGCGGUGGCUGAAGGAGCUGUACGACCACGCCGAUGCCAGCAUCGUGGUAAUGUUGGUCGGCAACAAGUGUGAUCUGGCAGAGGCCUCACGGGAGGUACCUUCUGAGGAAGCCAAGAUGUAUGCAGAUGGCAAUGGAUUGCUGUUUAUCGAAACAUCAGCGCUUGAUUCAACCAAUGUGGAAGUAGCCUUUGAAACUAUCCUGAGGGAUGUGUACCAGAAGGUUUUAAAGAGCAAAGGAGGCACUCCAAAGGACUCCACCGUCGUACUGUCUAAUGAGGCAUCUCAAAAUCAGUCUGCAGCCCCUCCGUCAGGAGCUGGUCAAUCCUGCUGCAGAAAUAUCUAAGGAAAGCCACCCUUUAGGAAAUGGUACCAUCUAACAAACCAGAACACCAGUACCAUACUCCACCAGGCUCGAGUGGUCAUGAGCUAUGAUGUUCUGAGAGACUGACUGUCUAAGUGUUGUUGUGACUUGGAAGACUAUGCAAGGUUUAUCGUGGUGUACCAAAGCUUCUAUGCAACUGCCAUAUACUUUUAGACCAAAGAUACUCCGAGAGAGAAAUUGUACUAAGUCAGAACUGUGUCCACCGUAAUACAAUGUUCUAAACCAUCAAAAAUGGUGGAUCUUAUAGUGAAUGUUUUGUAUACA